AAAAUAAAGUGUUCUGCUGUUUUCUGUAUUCGUUUUCAUCAUCAAAAAAUUUAUUUAAAUGAAAUCGUUGAUACAUACAGACAGGAAAAUACACCGAAAAUAAUAUGUUGGGGAGGAGUGCUCAGGUCCCGUUGAGUUUGGCGACUAAAUCCAGUUGCACGCAAUCGAAAUGCCUAAACAUCUGGCAAAAAUGUGGAUUUGCAUCGCAAUCGAAAACACCUGACCGGCCAAUUAAUUCAACUGUAACGCCAUUUCCCCCUUUAUCAAAGCCCUUGCCAAAUUUACCAACUCCAAUUUAUUCUACUGCUAAAAAGGAGGACCAAGAGACUAAAAUCACGACACUUUCCAAUGGACUGAAAAUCGCCACCGAAGAUUACUUUGGGCAAUUUUGCACCGUUGGUGUUUUGAUUAAUUCUGGACCUCGUUAUGAAGUCGCUUAUCCUAGUGGCAUCUCUCAUUUCCUUGAGAAAUUGGCAUUUAAUUCAACGAAAAACUUUGAAAGCAGAGAUCACAUAUUGCUCGCUAUGGAAAAACACGAAGGUAUCUUUGAUUGUCAAGCUUCUCGUGAUACGUUUAUUUACGCAGCUUCAGCAGAACGUAAAGGUUUAGGUCCCGUAACGCAAGUAUUAGCUGAUAUCGUUUUAAGGCCCCAAAUUACAGAGGACGAGUUGAAUUUAGCUCGUCAAACUAUUGAGUUUGAAACUGAUUCUCUGCUGACUCGACCGGAACAAGAACCUCUUCUCCUGGACAUGAUUCAUGCCGCUGCCUAUAGAGACAAUACUUUAGGUCUUCCCAAAAUAUGUCCAGAGGGAAACGUAAAUAAAAUAGAUAGACAAAUUCUCUUCACAUAUUUGAAAAAUCACUAUACGCCAAAUAGAAUGGUUAUUGCGGGCGUCGGCGUUGAACAUGAACGGCUCGUCGAAGCGGUUCAAAAAUAUUUCGUGGAUGAGAAGCCAAUUUGGGAAGAGGAUCCAACCCUGAUUAUUCCAGGUAGAACGGAGAAUUUAGUCGACGAUUCUGUUGCACAGUACACCGGUGGAUUAAUAGUUAAAGAAGGAAGCAUGCCAGUGCAUCCAGAGUCGAGUGGCAUUCCGAGAUUGUCUCACAUCGUGAUUGGCUUGGAAGGAUGCUCGCAUCAAGAUCCAGAUUUCAUUGCAAUGUGUGUUUUGAACACAAUGAUGGGUGGGGGAGGAAGUUUCAGUGCAGGAGGUCCUGGCAAAGGAAUGUACACAAAACUUUACACCAAUGUACUUAACCGAUAUCAGUGGAUGUUUAGUGCAACUGCCUACAAUCACGCGUAUUCAGACACUGGUCUCUUUUGUAUUCACGCUUCUUCUCCAGAAGUUCGGGUAGCAGAAAUGACAGCGGUAAUUGUUCACGAAUUAGUCGGAAUGGCUGGUUCAACGACAACGACCGAAUUGGAGAGGGCGAAGAAACAACUCCAAUCGUUACUCUUGAUGAAUUUGGAACAAAGGCCAGUCGUCUUUGAAGAUAUUGGCAGGCAGGUUCUCGCCACUGGAUUCAGGCAUCGACCGGAAUAUUUCAUCCAGGCGAUUAAAAAUAUAACAAAGGACGAUAUUGUGAGGGUGGCUUUACGAUUACGUAAAUCACCACCAAGUGUAGCAGCUCGAGGAUUAGUUAGCGGAGUUCCAGCUCUUCAAGAUAUUCAAGCUGGUUUGCUGGACGCAAAAGGUGCGAUACCCGGGUCACGGAGUCGACUUUCCCUCAACAUUUAAUUUCAGUAGCAAAGUUUGUUAUCUGUUUUCUUCAUUUUUUUUUGUUCCGUUAUUCCCCGAUGACUAAAGACUUUUUAAAAUAGGAUUUAAAAAUGUUUCCAAAGCUCUCCUCUUUCGCAAAAAAAAAAAAAAGAAAGUAAAUUAUAAAGAAUUUGGAAAAUAAUUCUAAAGACUACAAAUAGGAGUAUUUUUUCAUAACGGUCGCCAAAACUUGAAAUGUUUUAUUUCUGGGUGACAAUUUUUGCCAUAAAAUUUAUAAUUGAGCUAGAAAUUGAAAUUUUAGUCAGGAUUGUUAGAAAAAAAAGACAAAUUUGUUUUGAUGAUUUUGUAUUGUGAUUCCUGUAGCAUCCAAACGUUCGGAGGGAUGGAUAUUUGGCUCAAAAUAAAAAUCGCGUUUUAUCGCCCGAUGAGCUGUCGACAUAAUUGCUUCGUAUUCUUCUUUGAAAGUAAAUUUAUGUACAUAUUUAACAAAAUAAA